AUGGAAUUAAGAUUUCCCAGGUUUAGCCAAGGCUUAGCUCAGGACCCCACUACUCGUCGUAUUUGGUUUGGUAUUGCUACCGCACAUGAUUUCGAAAGUCAUGAUGAUAUUACUGAAGAACGUCUUUAUCAGAACAUUUUUGCUUCUCACUUUGGGCAAUUAGCAAUAAUCUUUCUAUGGACGUCCGGAAAUCUGUUUCAUGUAGCUUGGCAAGGAAAUUUUGAAUCAUGGAUACAGGAUCCUUUACACGUAAGACCUAUUGCUCAUGCGAUUUGGGAUCCUCAUUUUGGUCAACCCGCUGUGGAAGCCUUUACUCGAGGAGGUGCUGCUGGUCCAGUGAAUAUUGCUUAUUCUGGGGUUUAUCAGUGGUGGUAUACAAUAGGAUUACGCACCAAUGAAGAUCUUUAUACUGGAGCUCUUUUUCUAUUAUUUCUUUCUACGCUGUCCUUAAUAGCGAGUUGGUUACAUCUACAACCCAAAUGGAAACCAAGCCUUUCGUGGUUCAAAAACGCGGAAUCUCGUCUCAAUCAUCAUUUGUCAGGACUUUUCGGGGUAAGUUCUUUGGCUUGGACAGGACAUUUAGUUCAUGUUGCUAUUCCCGCAUCCAGGGGGGAGUACGUUCGAUGGAAUAAUUUCUUAGAUGUAUUACCCUAUCCCCAGGGGUUGGGACCCCUUUUGACGGGUCAGUGGAAUCUUUAUGCCCAAAACCCUGAUUCGAGUAAUCAUUUAUUUGGUACCGCUCAAGGAGCGGGAACUGCCAUUCUAACUCUUCUUGGGGGAUUCCAUCCACAAACACAAAGUUUGUGGCUGACUGAUAUGGCUCACCAUCAUUUAGCUAUUGCAUUUAUUUUUCUCAUUGCCGGUCACAUGUAUCGAACUAACUUCGGAAUUGGGCACAGUAUUAAAGAUCUUUUAGAAGCGCAUACUCCUCCGGGGGGUCGAUUAGGGCGUGGGCAUAAGGGCCUUUAUGACACAAUCAACAAUUCGAUUCAUUUUCAGUUAGGUCUUGCUCUAGCUUCUUUAGGGGUUAUUACUUCCUUAGUAGCUCAACAUAUGUACUCUUUACCUCCUUAUGCAUUCAUAGCACAAGACUUUACUACUCAAGCUGCUUUAUAUACUCAUCACCAAUAUAUUGCGGGGUUCAUCAUGACAGGGGCUUUUGCUCAUGGAGCUAUUUUUUUCAUUAGGGAUUACAAUCCGGAACAGAAUGAGGAUAAUGUAUUGGCAAGAAUGUUAGACCAUAAAGAAGCUAUCAUAUCUCAUUUAAGUUGGGCUAGCCUCUUUCUAGGAUUCCAUACCUUGGGCCUUUAUGUUCAUAACGACGUCAUGCUUGCUUUUGGUACUCCAGAAAAGCAAAUCUUGAUCGAACCUAUAUUUGCCCAAUGGAUACAAUCUGCUCAUGGCAAGACGACAUAUGGGUUCGAUAUACUCUUAUCUUCAACGAAUGGCCCCGCUUUCAAUGCGGGUCGAAGCCUAUGGUUGCCCGGAUGGUUGAAUGCUGUUAAUGAGAAUAGUAAUUCGCUUUUCUUAACAAUAGGACCUGGGGAUUUCUUGGUUCAUCAUGCUAUUGCUCUAGGUUUGCAUACAACUACAUUGAUUUUAGUAAAGGGCGCUUUAGACGCACGCGGUUCCAAAUUAAUGCCGGAUAAAAAGGAUUUUGGGUAUAGUUUUCCUUGUGACGGCCCAGGGCGCGGCGGUACUUGUGAUAUUUCUGCUUGGGACGCAUUUUAUUUGGCAGUUUUCUGGAUGUUAAAUACCAUUGGGUGGGUUACUUUUUAUUGGCAUUGGAAACAUAUCACAUUAUGGCAGGGCAACGUUUCACAAUUUAAUGAAUCCUCCACUUAUUUGAUGGGAUGGUUAAGAGAUUACCUAUGGUUAAACUCUUCACAACUUAUCAAUGGAUAUAAUCCUUUUGGGAUGAAUAGUUUAUCGGUAUGGGCUUGGAUGUUCUUAUUUGGACAUCUUGUUUGGGCUACUGGAUUUAUGUUCUUAAUUUCUUGGCGGGGGUAUUGGCAGGAAUUAAUUGAGACUUUAGCAUGGGCUCAUGAACGCACACCUUUAGCUAAUUUAAUUCGCUGGAGAGAUAAGCCUGUGGCUCUUUCCAUUGUGCAAGCAAGAUUGGUUGGAUUAGCUCACUUUUCCGUGGGUUAUAUAUUCACUUAUGCAGCUUUCUUGAUUGCCUCAACAUCAGGCAAGUUUGGUUAA